AUUUCCUAAAAAUAUCUAAGUCGGUACUUUUCCUUCCCUAAAAACACCAUUUUAACAAUAAAUAAUACAUCUAACCUAUCAAAUAUCUCACAACAGUUGAUGUGGAUCCCGUUUCUUCCACUUUUUCAUCUCAAAUCUGUACAAUUUUCCUCCAGGAUUGAUGAUUUCUUGAGUUUUUUGUGAAUUUUGAUCUAGUUUUAUGGGAGAAGAAGUCAGAAUUACUGAAUAUGAUGUCCGUGGCGGUGGCGGUGGCGGUGGCGGUGGCGGUGGCGGUGGCGGUGGCGGUGGCGAGGAUGAUGAUCGAGUUUUCGAGUGGGAGGCAGGGUUGCCGAACGUAGAUGAUUUGACGCCGUUGUCACAGUCGUUGAUCUCUGCGGAGUUGUUGUCGGCGUUCAGCAUAACGCCGCAGCCUUACCGGAGUAUGAUUGACGUCAAUCGUGCUUCUCAGAACACGCUCUCGAAUAUGCGAGGGGCGUUGGAGAAACAGUCGUCGACCAAAUAUAAUAGUUUCAAGUCGUUUAGUGAUGAUAAAGGAUAUGAUGAGAUGGUUGUGGAAGGGGAGGAAACCGCCGAUCAUGGUUCGGAUACGCGGAAAUUACGGAGAGUCGAUAGUGGCGGUGAUGGCGGUGGAGCCGGUGAGGAAGCUGAAUCCGCUUUGCUUGCCGAUGAUUCGUCGGCGAGGACAUCGAAACGGCCUCGUUUGGUCUGGACACCGCAAUUGCAUAAGCGAUUUGUUGAUGUUGUAGCGCAUUUGGGCGUGAAAAACGCCGUUCCUAAAACAAUUAUGCAGUUGAUGAAUGUUGAAGGAUUGACGCGAGAGAACGUCGCGAGUCAUCUUCAGAAGUAUAGGCUAUAUCUGAAGAGGAUGCAGGGUUUAUCUACCCAAGGUCCUUCGUCUUCAGAUUACCUUUUUGCUUCAACUCCGAUUCCUCAGAACUUGCAGGAAUCCGGCGGUGGUAAUGGACAUCGUUAUGCUCCAGGGACAACUCCGGUGCCUUACCCGGCCCAUAUGGUUCCUAUGCCUUACCCAUCACCUCAGAUGGUUCCUAAUUCUGCAGUGGGUGAUGGGGGUGCUUACCAUCAUGGAUAUGAAUCCCAUUCGUAUCCAUAUAACAUGACUAUGCAGCAGAGAGACUGGUCUGGAAAUAAGUUUGCUUCAGUUUCAGCGUAUCAGCAUCGUACGACUCCUAAUGAUAAAUAGAAACUCUCUACUCCUUGGAAAUUACCCAAGCAAUGGAGGGAUGUCCGUAGGGUAUGAUCAAGUCUAAACAUCAUGUAACCAUAACAAGAUCUUAUAACCCGAUCUUGAUUACCCAAAAGACCCUAUCGUCAUUAUCUUUUUCCUAAAGAACAAGAGAAGUUCGCCUGAGAGUAAGUAUACCUUUGAUAACUCGUCUUACAUCGAUGGAAAACAUAUUUUAUGAGCUUCUUAUAAGUCAAGGUUGUGAGCCACUAAUAACUUCCACGAUGAUUUUAAGUUGAUUUAGAAGUUAUUGGCUAGUGCUAGUCUACUGUUUUGGACUUUCACAAAUUGGGUCUCUACAGGAACAACUUCUCCGAUGAAAAGAUUGCUUAAACUUUAUCCCUCCCAAACCCUACUUCAAUAUGUGAUUUACGUGGUUCAUAUAAUUUGAUUAGGUUUUUAUUGUUUU